UCGCGUGGAGAAAAUUUUUAGUCCAUUCACGGAGCCGUUUGCGGCAAGUUUUGUUCCGAUUCGCGGGAAAGAGUUUUGUGCGGAGUGUGAACAUUUACCCAUUCCCAGUUGGAUGUGCAGCGCUGCUAGAUUGGAAGAUCAAAUGCGACUGGAUUCACGCGGGUGUCUUGAAGUGGGAUACGGUUGAAAUCUAUCGAUUGAACAGUAAUGCUACUCCAAAGAAAGUAGAUGCAAUCAAUGGCAUAUCUCGUCGAAAGCAAUAUUUUAUCCUCAUAAGUUCUCGAGCAGAUUCGCCGCAAAACUUCCGAUCCCCAAUUAUACGACACCGUCUGUGUAAAUUAAUUACCCGAACUAAUCAUGAAGAGGAGCACGUUUCCAUCAUCGCCAACGGUAGCAACAAUCUCACCUGCCGUGACGGUUGCUGCAUUCGCCACGCUAUUGUCCCUUUUAUCAUCGUCGUCGCCAGGGACGACUCAAAUAUUUGCCUAUCAACUGCCGACGAUUCGCCACAUCCAGGAGCAACCGUCGCACCAUCUGCAGCAGGACAUAAUGGACUUUAUCGACCUGGUUCCGUUUGACGACGUGCAAACGCUGAUGCAGUACUACUAUCACAAUGACGACGAGGUGGAGAGCGCCUUCGAUUACGUUUCCACCGAAGAUUACUCGCAAAUAAAGCUGGAAAUUAUGAACCUGAGUGAGGUGCAAAGUUUCCGACGCUACCUGGACAGCAUCGGAUUCAGUUUGGAACAGGUAUGGAAGGAUCUGAGCUUGCGAUUCGAUGUGGACGACGUGUUUAUCGAACCGGACGACACGAUACGAAAUUUAAAUCUAACCACCCAGGGACUGAACGGAUUAGUCGAUGACAUAUUAGCACUGCUGCCGCAGGACGAGAUAAUCCUGCUAUUCUUCGAUAAGCUCGAGACCAGCAAUGAUUUCUCGUACUUUUUCGAGCAGAUCGGCAGUGGGGAGUUUGAGAGUGUGCUCAGCAUGCUGCAGAGCUCGCAACAGCUGAGGAUCCUUCUGUGGAGAUUGCAGCGGCAUGGUUUCGAUAUCCCCGGAUGGGUACAGAUGAUACAGCGAUACUUUAGCUUUAGUAGUUUUUAGUGUUCGGGCUCAAUAAAGUGAGAGAGAGUGAAAUG